UCCAAGGUUUCUUUCUGGCACCCUGCAGCGUGAGCGCACGAACGAAGAUCUUUUGUUUCCAUUGUUUUUUUAUUAAUAAAAUACUGUUGUGGUAUUGAUAUUUUCAUUAAGUUGAUCUAUAAAUUGCUAAGAAUCUUUCUCGCCUGUUGUAGGCGGCAUACUGAUCUUGGAAGAAUAUUACGUGCUCGUAAAAUGUGUAGAAGUAUCGGUGAUUUUUUGGUCCUGCAUCCUUGUCCUUAUGAUUAGUUCCUCUUUAAUUACUGAUGCCAGUAUCAUGACACUUGGCUAGCAUUGUGCUUCGCGAGUGAUUUGCAAAAUCCCAUUACUGGAUGAAGAAUGUCGAAGAACAUUAAGGAAUUUUUGGCUGAUAACGAUCCGCAACCGUCAACGUCCCGUGGAGCCGAGCGUCCGUCAGACGCUGCACCUUUGUCGGAAGCACAGCGGCAGUGUCAGCAAUUCCACGAGAAUAACCGCAAAUCUCGCGUCAUCCAGACACUGGAAGUGUAUAAACUGCUGAAAUUGAUUGGCGAAGGAACGUAUGGAGUUGUGUACCGCGCGGUGGAUACCCGCAAUAAUCGUGGAGUGGCUAUCAAAGAAAUGAACAUUGAUCAAGAUGAACAAGGUUUGCCCAGUGUAGCGCUGCGUGAGAUCACAUUUCUGGGUGAAUUGCACCAUAAAAACAUCGUUAAUUUACUGGACGUGCUGACCACGGAUCAGCACUUGUUGCUGGUAUUCGAAUUUCUCGACAUGGACCUGCGUGAUUAUCAGACAAAGAUGAUUUCGCGCUACAAGCGCAUGCCCGCAGAUCUGAUUCGUCGAUUUAGCUACCAAAUGUUGAAUGGUUUGGCCUAUGUACAUGCGCGCCACAUUGUCCAUCGCGAUAUGAAGCCGCAGAACGUGUUAGUGGACAUCAAGCAUUCCGUCGUUAAAAUCGCCGAUUUCGGUUUGGCACGGCAUUAUACGUGUCCACUGAAAAUUAUGACUAACGAAGUUGUUACGCUAUGGUACCGAUGUCCGGAAUUACUACUGGGCGCGGAUAUUUAUGAUCCGUCUGUGGACAUUUGGAGUAUGGGUGUAAUAAUUAUCGAAUUAUUCGAGAAUGAUCCGCCCUUUGAUCCCGACUCGGAGAUCCGAGCACUGCACAUGAUAUUUCAAGCAUUCGGAACGCCGAGCAAGGAGAUGUGGGAAGAAAUCGUGCAUCUCCGGCAUUACAGUGAAGUAUUUCCGAAGUGGAAACCGAGAAGUUGGAAGGAAGUAGCAAAGCACGCCCCGGACGUGGCUGUUGAUCUGCUGAAACGCAUGUUCCUUUAUAAUCCACAAGACCGCAUUACGUGCCGUGGUGCCAUGCAGCAUUCGUAUUUCGACACGGAGCACGGUCUGGAUCUCCGAACUCCUGACCCGAACGAACCACCGCUUCCGCCCAAAUUUCUCAGCCCUAAGCACAUGUUUGUGCCUCGUUCUGACGCCGACGAUAACCAUAUUAUUCGAUCGCACGAUGCGGAUUCCAGUAACAACGAAUAAGGUGCCACUUUCCCGAAUAUGCACAACACUGUUUUUGUGUGACUUUGUGAUGUUUUCAAAUACCAAAGUUUUGGUUGUGUUAACUGUUAAGUGUGCAGUAUUUUUGGUUUUAAUUUUUCUUUUAAACUGUCAACUUUCUCGGCGUUUAAUAAAAAUUUAUAUCGCCAGUUUUAUUAUCAAUAACGCGCAAAAAUGAGACAAGACGUUAUA